AUGGCUCGCCGCACGUACAACAUCGCCAUGGUCAGCGACUUUUUCUUCCCGCAGCCGGGCGGGGUGGAGAGCCACAUCUACCAGGUGUCGAGCAAGCUGGUGGACCGUGGCCACAAGGUGGUGAUCAUCACGCACGAGUAUCCGGACCGCAAGGGCGUGCGCUACCUGACGAACGGCAUCAAGGUGUACUACGUGCCGUACUUUGUCAUCUACCGCUCCACCACCUUCCCGACCGUCUUCUCCUUCUUCCCCAUGUUCCGCAACAUCGUGCUGCGCGAGCAGAUCGACAUCGUGCAUGGCCACGGAAGCCUCAGCAACCUCUGCCACGAGGCCAUCCUGCACGCCCGCACCAUGGGCCUGCGUACCGUCUUCACCGACCACUCGCUCUUUGGCUUUGCCGACGCCACCAGCAUCCUGGCCAACAAGCUGCUCAAGUUUUCGCUGAGCGACGUCGACCACGUCAUCUGCGUAAGCCACACUUGCAAGGAGAACACAGUCCUGCGCGCCUCGCUUGACCCCUUGAUGGUCUCCGUCAUCCCCAACGCCCUCGUGGCCGAGAACUUUAUGCCGCUGGCCCACAACGGCGGCCCCAAAGGUCGAGACAAGCAACAGCAGCAGUCACCGCUGCCGGCACACCAGCUCGGCCCCGACGACCCCAUCACGAUCGUCGUCAUCUCGCGCCUGUUCUACAACAAGGGCACCGACCUGCUGGUGGCGGCCAUCCCGCGCAUCCUCGCGAGCCACCCGAACACGCGCUUCGUCAUCGCUGGGUCCGGACCCAAGGCCAUCGAUCUGAAGCAGAUGAUCGAGCAGAACGUGCUGCAGGACCGCGUCGAGAUGCUCGGACCCGUCCGCCACGAAGAGGUGCGCGACGUCAUGGUACGCGGCCAUAUCUAUCUGCACCCGUCGCUGACGGAGGCCUUUGGCACCGUCAUCGUCGAGGCUGCCAGCUGCGGCCUCUACGUCGUCUGCACCCAGGUCGGUGGCAUCCCCGAGGUCCUGCCCUCACACAUGACCGUCUUCGCCCGCCCGGAAGAGGACGACCUCGUGGCCGCCACCGGCCGCGCCAUCGCUGCCCUGCGCGCCAACAAGGUCCGCACCGAGCGCUUCCACGACCAGGUCCAGGCCAUGUACUCGUGGACCAACGUCGCCGCCCGCACCGAACGCGUCUACAACGGCAUCACCGGCGCCAUCACCGAGGCUGAGUUCUAUGGGUACGGCCUCAGCGGUGGUACGGCCAGCGCAGCCGGAGGUGCCGCCGGCGGCGGUGGUGGAAGCACGUCGACAGAGACCGCCACGGCAGCAACCACGACGGCGGCUGCUGCCGCCACGGCUACCGCCUCGGCUCCGGCCAACGGCGGUUGGAGCGCCACGCGCGGCCGCUCCGGCGUCCAGAGCUUCGCCCUCAUCGACCGCCUCAAGCGCUACUACGGCUGCGGAAUCUGGGCCGGAAAGCUCUUCUGUCUCUGCGUCAUCGUCGACUACCUGCUCCUCGUCUUUUGCGAGUUCUGGUGGCCGCGCGAUCGCAUCGACAUCUGCCCGGACUGGCCGCGCAAGACUCUGCCGCCCGACAAGGAGCCGAACAAGUCGGAUGCGGCUCCAACUGCUACCACCGCGUCCGGCACCACUUUAGUUCAGAGCACGGUGGCAGACAUUAAUGCCGUCCUCGACCUUCUGGGCCGCGGUGUCUCUGCAAUCACGGGGCCUCUGAGCGGCUUCCGCGCCAACCGACAGCCAAGAAACGACCUCGGCGAGUGGGCGCAUGAGGCGUUUGAGGGCGGCAGCUGGCGGCAGCUGGCGGCAGCCCGCCCUGCGCUGGGAGAAGUUCGAGGACAUGGCGCUGUCGACUGGGAGCUGCCAUCUGCUGAUUUCGACCCCCAUGAGAUGAGUCUCCAUGUCGAGGGUCCGGUUCUCUGCCACAUCAUCAACCUCUACCGCCUCUCAUCUUUGGGCGAAUCUCGUUCCACGCUCUGGGUGCCGCCGACGGCCCAGAAGGCGCAGCCAGAGAAGGGCGGGGUCCGUUACGUCGCCUCGUUUCAUCGCCAGAACCACAUGAGCAACGAAAAGCGAGUACGGCAGCUCUUCACGUGUCACUUCCCCCGCCGGACUCUGAGCAUCGACUACCUCGACGUUCCGCCAAAGAAGGUCAUGAGUACGUACUACGACGCCGUCUUCCGUGACUUUUUUCUAGACGGUAUCAACCUGCAGUCUAGGAGCGAGCUCAAGGUGCGCGCCAAGGCACUAUGCGAUGCGUUUAAGUCUCCUAGAGGGGAUUCCCCGCAUAUACUGACGCGGGCCUGGCUGGAGGAGGCUUCCCGCAGCAAGCGCCGGAUCACGAUAGAGGGUGGCCGGAGCACAGUGCUGAUCGACACAAUCUGCGAGGCACUGGAGCAGCAGCCUGCGUUCAUCCAGGAAGCGGCAAGUCUGUACAGAUUUAGUCUUCCGGACCUCCAGGAGGAGACGGCGAUAGAGGACCUCAAUCAGGCUACAGCCACAGACGAGGUGGAAAGUGUGCUGCCUGAGCUGGCAGAGGACCCGGACUGGCCGCUGAGUGCUCUGUUGUCGGACAUGAUCCCAGAGCUCAUUUCGGUGCUCAAACUGUGCCAUACGCUCCGAGGCCUGCCAGUCGUCGUCUUCCAGCUAGACUGCGACCAUGAGAAAUGGGCGGAGCCUACUUUUUAG